CAACGAUGCAUGGGUACCCCGCGCCUCAGCCGUCGAGAUCCAACGACGAAGGUGCUGCUGCGAGCUCGCAUGAUAGCUUCCGCUCCUUUCGCGACGACCGGCUUGACAGCGACCAGACAUUUCGCAGCUUGUUCAUCGGCAUACCGCGCGAAGAAGGAUGCUUUCUUGUUCGAAGAUGUUUCAGAACAUCACCUGCGUCAUCGUCUCGUCUCUCGAUGGGGCUGUGUCUGGCGUUGGGCUGUGGAGUUGGGGACGCCGAGGUCGGAAGGUAUAAGAGGGGAGUCUUUUGGGGCCAUCAUCGUGUCUUCCGUUCCUCAUCCAGCUUGUAGACCUUCUCAGCCCUCAAAGAACCUCCAGCUCCCAGCAUCUCUUGGCGUCUUUUCAUCCCAGUCUCAAAAAACAACUAUCCAUCGAUCAUGUUCCGCUUCACUGCCUUUGUCGCGCUCGUUUGCGCCGCUUCCACUCUCGCAGCUCCCAUGCCUUCUCCAGAGGGCGCAUCCACACAGAUAGUCGGCACCGUCAAGUGCGCUGCCAAGCCUAGCUACUCUGGCCAGCUCUACCUGGACCAGACCAGCGGCGAGGUGGACAGCAUCACCCUGUCUCAGGGCAAUGUGCGAUACCUGAUCGGCAACAAGAACAACGGUCAAGUCGCGCCCAAGUUUGACUUUUACGACUGCCCGAGCACCUUCAUGGGCACCAAAGGCCGUCAGAGCGCAGACUCUCACUACGGACAGAUUCGAUCAGGCGACAAGUGCGUUCGCAUCGUCGAAAAGGCAGACUAUCAAGGAGAAAACACUCCCAAGAAGGCCUUUGAGCUCUCCACAUGCUCGUACUCCGAGGACAGCAGUCAGCUCUUCCAGACCUUUGCUUCUUCUGCGAACGGUCACUACAUCGGCUUUGUCCCUGGCCAAGUAGACAGCGGCAAGAACGAGUACGACUACACUGUCCAGCCCGGAAGCAGCGCUGAUCCUGCUCUUCAACGCAUCGUCGUCGGCGGUGCUGUUGCCAAGGGACAACCGACCGGCCACUUCUCCAUCGGCAGGCCUUAGGCGUGCCGCUGUCGCCCAACGCGAGCUUGUGGCCCGACGCGGAUCGAGCGCCGACACGAGCACUCUCUUUGGAGGCCGCUCAUGCCCCUACAAUAGCAGCACGCUCCUCACGAUCAACUCACUUGCCACGGACUUUUGACUUGUAUUUCCAUUCAUCUAUCUCUGAUGUCCCCACGCAAUGCAAUUCCUUGCCCAUCUC